AUGGAAUUACCAGAUUCUUCUCUGAAUGAUCGAAAAUAUCCUCCGGACUAUAAUGUCCCUCGCUGUUCCGAGCCUACAGACCUUGACCGCUUUCAUGCAGCUGCCUUUCGAGCACCGAAUUCAGAUAGCGAACAAAUCUACUUCCCAAUCUCAUCUCAGUUUCAUCCGCUCGACCAAGCUGUGACGGCUGUGCCUGCAAUGGCGACACCUUAUGUCCCUGUUGCAGGAACACAAUCCCUCGCAAACCCUUCUGACAAUGGGCAAUUCAAUGUCUCCCAGUCUUGGGGUCAAGUGGAAGGCAUCUACUCGAUGAAUAAUGCGCCAACGCCAUCACCAGUCGUCCCGUUUCCCGCACCAUUCAGUUCUUUUACGACCAUCGCACGCGACGCUCUUGUCAGCCCUGAACUACAAUGCCGCAUAUGUCGCGCGCGAUUCAAGAGGCGCGGGUCUCUCAGAAGCCACAUGAGUACGCACAAAGCACACCGGGAGUUGUUACCCUGUCCGCAGGCGGGAUGUUCGAGAAGCUUUCUGCGGGCUGGUGAUCGAACCCGCCAUGUCAAAAGCAAGCAUUCUCACCCCCAAAAGUAUCCGUGUCAGUAUUGUGGGAACGGCUACUCUCGGCCGGAUUUGCGAGACCGGCAUGAAAAGAAUUACUGCGAGACACGACGACAACAACUCCAAGCGAUGAUGGCCGCAGAAGCGGUAGUAGCUGCUGCUGCUGCUGCUGCUACGUCCUGUCAACACAGCGAGAUGUCGGGCUAUGUACCGACUCCAUCUUUGAGCACAUCGCCUCUAUCAACUUCCACUGCCAUGACUGCUCCACCGACUCCACAACCUCUGCCUCUGAUAUCUGACGCACAAGAUGGACAUGGACAAUCACAAUGGUACAAGAGAUCUUUCCCUGCACCUGCGUUUUCAACGGACGCAAGUUUGCAACAACAACCAUAUGAUGUCCUUGACAACCCCGAGAUCCCUCCUUCGGGCGGAAGCGGAAUGCCAGUGGUCCAAUUCUUCACCAGUGAACAUGCCGACCAGGUCCAGGUGCAAGAGGGGCAAGGACAUUACAUGGUCCAGGGAUCCUCGUGGCCCUCUUUACCGCUCGAUUGUGGUGGCGGACCAAGAUAUAGAUAUCUCGCCUCAACAUCGCAUGAAGGCGGAAAUACCCCUACGUUACCAUAUUAUGGCAUGGACCCAAACGGCGCGGCACCGGCCAUCAUGUGUGUGACUGCUUGUGGGGAUGCCGGCUUGACCGCGUACGUCGACGCUGACAUGGUCUCGCAAGGGAAUGUGGGAAUAGCUUGGCUUUAG